AUGUUUAAAUAUAUAUUGAUUAUUUGUUUGUUUGUCCAACUCGGACAAUCAGUUACAUUUAACGAAAUUAUUGGAUACAAUGGUCUGGUAAUGAGUUACUCUGCUUAUUGUUUCAACUCAUCGAUCACUCAAUGGGGGUGCCCAGCUUCUACAUGUGGUAACAUAUUGACAAAUGACUUCUUUGAUCCACAGUGGUAUCGUUUAGUUCAGGAAUAUACUGUAUCUGACAGUCUUUUCUAUAUUGCCGUUCAACAUAACACCUAUUAUUUGGUAUUCAGAGGAACCGAUAAUAAAGUAAAUGCAUUAGAAGAUGUAGAUUUUGUUCAUCAAGCUCAAUUCCCAAAGGAAUACUCUGGAUCUGCUUCACCAUUGGUUUCCAAAGGUUUCUAUGAUGCUUGGUAUGGUAAUUUGCUGAUUGACCAAUUGAGAAAACCAGUUUUAGAAGCUCUCACUUCUGCAGGAUGUGGUCAAUUCGGUACUUGUAAUUUAAUGAUCUUCGGACAUAGCUUUGGUGGUGCAAUGGCAACUCUUGCCGCUCUUGAUUUUACCUACAACAACUAUUAUGAAAAUAUUGGUGUUUAUACUUAUGGUUCUCCAAGAGUCGGUAACCAAGAUUUCGCUCAACUCUUUGAUUCAAAGGUUGAGAAUGCCAUUAGAGUAGUUUACCUUGAAGAUACUAUUCCACAUCUUCCAUUACCUGCUUUUGAUCUAUGGGAUUCCGAUGCUACCUAUUUGCAUGUAAACACCGAAGUUUGGAUUGACAUUCCCAGCACAGAUACAAGUGUAUUCCCAACUUAUGUAGUUUGUCCAGUAAAUGAAGAACUCAAUUGCUCGACUGGUAGUUCAGUUCCAUGGACACAGUUUGAUUCCGUUACAUCGCUUAUGGAAGACCACAGAGGUUACUUUAAGUACAAUUUGGAAGUCUUUUGUCAUGAUUGGACACUCGAUGAUCUAACUGUCACACCAACUCCAAUUCCAUCGUCGUUCGACUACCCAGUUCUCGAACUUAAUGUAACUAACAAAUGGUAUGCCGGUGGAUUCAACUACUCAAAUGUAGUCGGUACCAUCAAGAACAAUGGAACAGAUGAUAUUGUUAAUCCAGUCUGGACAUCAACCCCAAACAUCGUUCCAAUUGGUAUGUUCGGACUCACACCAACUGUAGUCAACGGUAUCAUUAACUGGCGUUUGUCACCAGCUGGUAGUUAUACACAAUUCAUGCCAAGAGGAUCUACCCUUACCUUUUCUUUCACAAGUAAUACCACACAACCAUGGACUUUUACAAGAAUCAAAUAA